AUGAACGAUGUGGUAGAGGUUCCUGGCGAGGCCAACCCUCUCACUGCCCAGAAUCUAUUCAACUCACUCGCGGCGGCCGCAAGCUCAGUCCAACAACAAGUCCAAAUCGGUACCCAACAACUGCAACAUUGGGAGAAGCAAGUUGGAUUCUAUCCCCUACUCCAGGAAGUUUUCUUGGACCAUUCGCUACCCAUUGAGAUUCGAUACCUAGCUAUUAUCCAGCUGAAGAAUGGCAUUGACCGAUAUUGGCGAAAGACAGCUUCAAAUGCGAUCAAAAAGGAAGACAAGGAACGGAUAAAAAGCAAAGCUCUCGAGGCAGGUAUUGUGGAACCGGCGCCUCUGUUGGCCCUCCAUAACGCCUUGGUUAUUGCCAAGAUCCUGCGCUAUGAGUUUCCUAGUGAUGAAUGGCCCAAUGCGCUUCCCUUCCUCAUCUCCUCGCUUCGUUCGUCUGCACAACCCGGCGCACCUCCGUUACAAUUCCCAAGAACCCUUGUGAUAUUACUACAAAUAAUCAAGGAGCUUUCCACGGCCCGCAUGCAGCGAGUCCGAGCCAGCCUACAAUCUGUAUCACCAGAGAUAUUUCAAUUAUUGGGCGGUAUAUAUGUCGAAAAAGUCAACACUUGGAGUGCGCUGCUGGAACAUAGCCGCUUCGAUGAGGUUUCGCUACCAGACCUACUCGAACAGACUCUAAUGUCCCUCAAAGUCAUACGUCGACUCGUCGUUGCCGGCUUCGAGCAUCCUAAUCGCGAUAAAGAUGUUCAAGGGUUCUGGACAUUGAGUCAUACGCAGUUUGCAAAGUUCUUCGGCUUUUCAGAGACCAUCACAAAUGCGCCUCGAAUAAACACAUUGAUUAAGAAACAUCUAUUGCAGUUUGCGAAGCUGCAUGUUGAAAUGGCCAAGGUCCACCCGGCAGCGUUUGCGCUCCUUCCGGACUGCGUGUCGCUAGUCAAGUCGUACUGGACAGUUGUUUCCCGACUCGGAGAGGUAUACGAUGCCGAAGCCUCGCAAGAUAGACAGAAUUCUGGUGGCGAAGAAGAUGAGAAAAACGUCAUCGAAAUUCUGGGCUUAAAGGCACUACUGCUCAUUCGAGCAUGUGCCAAGAUGGCAUUCAACCCAGCCCAUAGCUUCAAGUACCAGCAGCCACAAGAUAAAGAGGAAAAGAAGAACGCCGUGGAGCUGAUCAAGUCUCAACUAUUCACACAAGACUUUGUCAUUAUGGUCAUGGAGCUCAUUGUUUCCAAGUUCUUGCGACUUCGUCAGACGGAUUUCCAAGAAUGGGAGGAAGAGCCUGAAGAGUGGGAGCGGAAAGAGGACACAAUGUCUGAAGCCUGGGAGUUUUCUGUUCGACCUUGUUCGGAAAAGUUGUUUUUGGAUCUCAUUAUCCAUUUCAAAUCGCUCUUGGUCCCGCAGCUACUCAACGUUUUUUACAAUUUUGCAAACCCCCAGAAUCAGGAUAUAUUGAUGAAGGACUCUCUAUAUUCCGCAAUUGGCUUGGCAGCCGCCAGUCUAGAGCAGCAACUAGAUUUCAAUGCUUUUAUAGAAAAGGCCUUGGUUCCCGAAGUUCAAAUUAAUGAACAAGGAUACAAGGUUUUGCGAAGAAGAGCUGCGAUCGUGAUCGGGCAGUGGAUGCCAAUCCAACCUGAGAAAAUGAACAGACCAUAUAUCUAUCAGAUUUUCCAGCAUCUCUUCAACAAAGCAGACCCCGUGAAUGACCUUCCCGUCCGCAUCACCGCAGGUCGGCAGCUGAAAAACGUGCUCGAUCCUUUUGAAUUCUCCCCUCAAGAGUUCCUCCCUUACGCCACACCCAUAUUGCAAAAUUUGCUCACCUUAAUUCAAGAGGUUGAGCUUUCCGAAACGAAGAUGGCAUUACUGGAAACAGUACGAACUGCCGUGGUGAAGAUGGAAGACCACAUAUUACCAUUUUCCGAUCAAAUAAUGUCACUUUUACCCCCUCUAUGGGAGCAAUCAGGCGAGGAACACCUCAUGAAACAGGCUAUCCUGACUCUUCUUUCGUCUUUGAUGAAUGCGCUCAAGAGUGAUUCCGUCAAUUAUCACAAAGACAUGCUUCCGCUUAUACAGAACUCGAUAGAGCCUGGGUCGGAAACUAUUGUAUAUCUAUUAGACGAAGCACUCGAGCUUUGGGCAGCAAUAUUGUCGCAGACCCCAGCUCCGGCAUCAGCAGACAUUAUAUCACUGUUCCCUCGCUUGCUCCCGAUAUUCGAAGCAGCUACAGAUAGCGCCCCGUUAGCACUUCAGAUUGCGGAGAGCUACAUACUCCUUUGUCCUCGCGAGGUUCUCCAUGACGAGCUGCGCGUGCCCUUUCUGGCCUCUUUGGAGACGCUUCUCGCGGCAGUCAAGCGUCAACGCCUAGGAGUGAUUCCUCAUCUUGCCGAGAUGCUUAUUCGCGCGACUGAGCAUAUCGACGGCGGCAGCGAGAAUUCGUACAAUGUGAUCGCCAAGUCUCUGCUUGACAGUUCAUUUUUGCAUGCUAUUCUAGAGGGCCUUCACUCCGCCUACGAAGUUAGUCAAUCCACAGGACCAUACAAGAAGACAUCAGAUAUCUACGCCAACCUCGAGACAGACUACUUUAGCGUUCUAGCAAGGCUAGCGCUAGCAAACCCCAGAGUGUUCAUGUCAGCCAUAUCAGCUGCAACUUCUGCCCCUGAAGAGCAAACACUAUCCUGGCUCUUAACUGAAUGGUUCUUCCACUAUGACAACAUUGCACUCGUAACACAAAAGAAACUUCACGUACUCGCUCUCACGCAACUCCUGGCGAUCAACGCCACACAAGCACCACCACCGUCCUACCUUCUCAACCAUCUACAAUCCUAUCUCACCGUCUGGACCGACAUUGUCACCGAACUGGCCGAAGGUUCUGAUGACCCGUCAUCUCUAAACAUCAACGACCCUCACGCCGGGAAGGACUACCUAAUCUACUGGAACAAAACCUCCGACCCCAACAACAAUCCGACAGCCGACGACGAAACUACCAAAAACGAAGCCCCCGAAUCCGCGCGACGCAGGGAAUGGGAAAACUCCGACGCGGUCCAUUCCAUCAAUAUCCGUCAAUUCGUUCAAGAGCGUCUACAGGCCGUGAUGCAUGCAUGUGGUGGCGCGCAGCGGUUCCAAGAAGAAUGGCUCGUGAAUGUUGAUAGGGAGGUGGUGAAUGCGUUCGGGGCAUUGGGAAUAGUUUAG